CUACACACCACGAACACUCCCUGUCUGACCUGGUUGGUAUGAAGAUGUUGAAACUGACCAAUGUUUAUAUUCCUUUCCAUCAGACUUAGCUCAAGUCGCCACUUCUGUAUUCAAUGAUGCAGUCCAGUAUACAGCACCGAUGAUAUCACAGACUAAACGUCCCACUUUACACCAUGAAAGGCAGACCUCGGCUCCCUGUGCCUCUUUGUAGGUUCUGCAAUAAGGAGUUCAAGAGACAGGAGCACCUGGAAAGGCAUAUUCGUACACACACACGCGAAAGACCAUAUGGGUGUCCAUGCGGCCGAACAUUUACAAGACAAGAUCUACUAAAUCGUCACCGCCGACUUUCUCAGUGUUCUACCAGUGGCUCAGGAAAACAAGCGAAAUCAAAUCUGGCGAUAUCGCCUGACGGGGCUGUGACAACUUCACCCUCUAUCUCACAAGCUAGCGACGAGAACAAUCAUCACAGUCACCAGCUACAGUCUCAAGUAAACCCCUCUAAUUUAAUGCCUAUGGCAGUCUCUCCCCACACAAUGCCUUCUCAACAAGAGAUGAUGAGCCGAUUUUCAAUUCAUGAUCGGCCAUUGGGUUACCAAGAGCAGACACCAAGCCAUAUCUUUGAGCCACCGGAAGAUCCCAUCCACAACAGCAAUGUAACCCCAGCGGGCGCUUUGGAUAGCCUUGACUUCAUGCAAUUCGAGUCGUUCAACGCGGAUAUGUUCCCUGAUGAGAUGGCCAUGAUCAAUAGUUAUCUCGGGGAGGUUCUCCCCCCUGAAGACUCACAUCAAGGAUUCACACCGGAUACAGCAAACUUCUUUACUCAGUCAUUUAUUCCCGAGCCAGUUCUUGCCCCUGCUCCCUCGAGCCAUUUGCAGCUAGAGGCACCUGGCCAUAUAGAAUUGAGCAGCGCGCCAACGUCGACUCUACCUUUCUGCCAGAAACGACAAGCCCAAGCAGCUCCAGUUCGAAACAAGGUUGACCGGUUGUUGGAUACCACAGAAGAUAUCGUAGCAACAAAUCCCUGGGCUGUAUCGGUUGCUGCUCAUGAAAGGCUUUCCACGGAGUUCUCGAAGCACAGAUCAGAUAUACCCCUGUCAUUUACACUUCCCAGCAGACAUGCGCUAUCUCGAUAUAUCGCAAGCUGGAUACGAGGUUAUCAUCCACAUUUACCAUUCGUACACCUUCCAACUACGAAUCUGGAAUCCAUGUCACCUGUGCUUCUCUUGACGCUGGCAGCUACAGGGUCCUUCUAUGGAUUUGAGCACCCUCAGGGGUAUGCCAUGUACUUCGUGGCCAAAGCUAUGAUCAACCAUGAGCUGGAAGAAAGGCGUCGUGCGUCAAACCGCCACAUCCUCAAUGGUUUCCCUCGCUUUGCGGCGCUCCCUACAAGCUCUACAGAAGUCUAUGAUCCGCCCCCAAAUCACCAUGCUGUCUUAACAAAAUUCGACAUCGAACUACUACAAUCCUUGCUGAUUGCUGUAAUGACUAUGUCAUGGCUAGAUGGACCACUCGCUGAGGAGGCACUUGCUAUGAGUAGCCAGUUAACUACUCUCACCCGCGAUAUCCUGAAACGUCUACCAGAGGGACAUUCCGAUGAUACAUGGGAGGACUGGGGCCGCGAUGAGGAGAGACGACGCACCCUUCUCUCGGCAUAUUUCACAUUAAACAUUCAAACCAUCUGCUUCAACGUGCCGCCUCAGAUGACAGCUACAGAGUUUAGCUUCGAACUUCCUUGCUCCGAAGCUGAGUUCAACGCGCCGGACUCGGAAACAUGGAAUCGUGUACGACGAAAGGUCGACCCACGCAAGCUCAACUUUCAGUCAUGCUUUAAGCAAUUACUGUCUGGAGAACCACUAGUCAAGGAGGUCUCGGCAACUGAGUUUGGCAAUUAUAUGCUUAUCCAGAGUUUGCUGAUACAGAUCUACUUUGAGCGUCAAGUAUCGUCUGCCCUGUUGACUCCAUCGCCAAGUCUGUCGGAGAGUACCAUUGCGACUUAUGCUGCUGCACUCGGUGCCUGGCAAUCUUGCUGGGACUCUGCUAUCGAAUCUGCCCCCGAUCCUUCCUCUAGGAAUUCGCCGCUACCUUUCAACUCGACUGCGAUGCUCCGACUAGCUCAUAUUCAUCUUGGCUUUGGCCUCUACAGUCAAUGCGAGUUGCUAUCUCGGGAUCCUAUCGCCAAAGCUCAAGUGUUCGAACCGUAUCAGAACCCAUUGCCCCUGCGUGCUCCGCACCUUGAUCAAGCUGUUCUUCAUGCUAUCUACGCUUUGAGGAUACCUGUGAGAGUCGGUAUUGCAUUCGUGGCACGUGGCCGUACAGGUCAUUGGAGUGUCCAACAUGCUAUCAGUCACUUUGGAUGCGCCCUUCUACUUACCCACUGGCUUGAAAACAUUUAUCAGCUAGUUCUGUCGGAUGGUGCGUCAGCUCUCAGAGAGGAGGAAAAGCGCCUGCUUUCUAUGGUCGACCGUCUAGUCGAAGAAACUCAUCUAGAGGCUUCGCUAGGCCCCAAAUCCGAUUUUCCUGACAGGAUAAGACGUUUGGCUAUUGCAGCAGUGAAACUUUGGGCAGAAACUUGUAAAGGCAUACAGGUCUACGAGAUCGUCCAUGUCGUCGGAGAAACACUUUCGCUAGUGGCAGAAUCACUAGAGAAGCAGAUUUAGGUUUGGAACAAGUAAAGAAGAGCCUGGGCUUGGUUAGCUGCACAGGCAUGUGUAAUUUCAAUAACUUGAAAAGGCUGGGAAUUCAAGGUUGUAUUCUCUAAUAAGAAUGUUGCACGCGGACUUUGAGUCAACGGUCCCCAGAGUUACAUCAUAGACUACUGUGGAAAACUGGGAAGGUAUUAUACCAUUAUUGGGGACUCGAGAACCUCUUCGGUGUUCAAAUAUUUCAAAGUUUCAAUCACUGAGUUCAAGGAUUGAACUGGUAGAAGAGCCUGUACUGAACAAAUAAGUUAGACUUGAAAUCCGUCAUUGUUCGGGCUACUAUGUCUUUGUUCGAAGGAUCUGAUGGCAGUGUAUUUCCUCCUGGAAGAACACUUAGUAGCAGAUUGAUAUUGGACAACUCGGUCUUUCAGUUAAGUUGGGCAAGUACAUUUUAAAAGCCAUAUAUAAUGCAGCCCCUCAAACGCAUUGUUAUUAUUCAGUUCCAGUAAUAAAUCUAUUCAGUAUUCUUAAUCCC